AUGGGUUGUGUAUUUGUCCAAGCUGAGGAGAGGCAGAGAGAAAGGGAAUUACAAGGGAGGAGUGAGAGGGAGAAAGAGUUUGUGGUGCACGUGCCGCCGUCGCCGGACAAUGAGGAGAUUGAGAAGAUGGUGCUGGAGAAGAAGAAGAAGGAGCUGCCGAGCAAGUAUACUAGUGGUGAUGGGUUGUUGGAGGAGCAGACUGAGGCUAAGCAGAUGCUUAACAUUCAGCGCUAG